ACGAACUCUCCGUUCUAGGAGAUAAAUUUCUUAGUUUAAACAUGGCAGCUGUAAAUCCCGUCACCGUUGUCACGGCGAAUAAAGAUAAACGACCAAUGUGUAAAUAUGGUGAGAAAUGUUAUAGGAAGAAUCCGAAUCACUUGCGGGAAUACCGCCACCCAAAUAAACCUGAAAGUGAAGAGCAGCAGAGCCAGGAUGACCAGGAUAAUACAGAGCCUUUUUCUAAAAAGCCCAAAUUAGAUCCACAUAAAACGGGGUCUACAUCAUCUGAUGAUGACACUGAUGUAUUAAGGGAGACUGAAAAGACAAGUGAUGAUGCAAAGCUGCAGGAUGAGAGCCUCCCUGGAACAUCAGGGGAAUCUAGCAAACCCGUGGAUAAAGGAAGCCAAGAUAAAUGUGAAGAAGAGUUAACUUUAACGCCUCCACCUUCCCCUGAAGACAUCAAGGAAAACAUUCGUGAGAAAUUCUUAUUUGACAUGCCAGACGAUUUUUAUGAACUCUGGAAGUUCUGUGAAGCAACUAAUCCAGAAAAUCCCACCAAUUGCUUCAGUAAUGUUCUUGGGUUCCAGUUAGUUGGACCUUUUGAUAUUUUGGCUGGUAAACACAAGCAAUUAAAUGGCAAAAACAGCAAGGGUCGUUACCCUAACUACCUCAUUCACUGGCGCUAUUACCUGGACCCUCCAGAGUUCCAGACAGUAAUUCGUGGCGAUGACACAACUCAAUUCCAUUUAGGUUAUUUCAGAGAUGUCCCGACAGAGGCACCAGUCUUUGUUGCUGCUAAUUCUGCCAAAGAAAGUCCUGCCAUCAUUCCACGUGGUGAAAACCUUUUUGCAGCUCUCAGUUUCUAUUUGGCUGAAAGCAUUAAAUCAAAGAAACUUGCCAAACCAAAGCAAUCUGCUGCCAUUCAACUCCAAUCAGAUUUAACUGAAUGGGCAAAAAAGCUUGACUUCAAUCUGGAGUUGAAAACCAAAUCGAUGAAGGAACGAGACAAGAAAACAGUAUGCAAAGGUUUCCAUGGUGCUGGAAUUGUGGUCAAGUUAGACAAGAAUGAAGUUGGUUACCGUCCAAUACCAGAAACUCCAGCUGCUUUGAAGAGAAUGUUCCAGAAGAUUCUUGACAGUAAAACUGAAGAAGACAGAAACCAAAAUUUUGAGCCAUUACAAGAACUGAUGACUUUGAUUCAAUUUGCAAAUGAUGAAUGUGAUUAUGGUGAAGGCUUAGAGCUGGGAAUCAACCUCUUUUGUUUUGGUGGUGACAUCUUCAAUUCCACCAUCCAGUUUUUACUUCCUCUGGCUUACCAGUUACUACAACAUCCUCAGUUUAGCCAAAUCAUCACAGAACAUCUGAAGCACAGGAAAAUGAGCGCCCUUCCUCGUGAACUAAACGAACUCAACUAAUUGAUAUAAAAAAAAAAAAAAAAGAAACAUUUUGCUAAUGUCAAGUCGUUAGAAGACAAAUCUAUACAAAUUAUUUAGAAAAAUUUGAAGAAUUUGUGUGGUAAGAUGAUGGACCUAGCAUCUUCGCAGGAAGAGAGAGAGGAAGAAAAACGUUUUCUUUUACUCUAACGAAGGGCUUUGCUCCAAACAUCUGUCUUCUCAUCUCCCCGUGGCAAAUCAACUUAUCCAAAUUUUCAAACUUCAUUAAAUAAUUUUUGCCAACACAGACAGACAUUAUUUUCUUCCUCCUCCUCGAGGUCUGGCUUUUAUAUAUUGCUUUGAGCUGAAUGGAUGUUUUGUGGCUUAAUCAAACUGAUGAGAUGUUUAUAAUGAAGGACAAUGAUUCGAAAUGGCCCUCACAUCUUCCUCCUCUUUAUUUGAGCUGUCACUCUCAGAGCAGAGGUUAUAUGCAUUUGAUUCAAGCUUCCUAAACUAAGAACUUAUUGCAAUUCCUGUUAAUUUAUAUUAUUUCAAGGAUACGUAUCGUAACUGGGAAUACUGAUGGCAUUAUUGCAAAGUCCAUGACUGUUUCUUGAACUCGUAGUUCUAUAUUCCAUCCAUUCUUGUGAACACAGCUUGGAAAGAGAUCAGUUCCACCAAGCUUAUUUUGUCCCCACUUAAACUACAAGAAGUCUUCAGUUGUUCCUUAAACAUCUCUGGCUUGAGGCCCUCUGCGCCAUUAUAUACAAGUAUGGUGCAAUAGGUGUGUAUGUUAUUCAGUUAUUGAUUCUGAAGCCAUCAAUUCAAAUGUUGUCCAUAAACAUAUCUUGUUUCUAAGUAAACUCACUGGACUCUAUUUGUUCUUCUUUCACAUUUGAAAGGAAUCCAGUUGUAAACAUUCAGUUUCUUUGAAAAUUUUGUCAUUUUUUAAGCACCUUUCAUAUUUUUUAUCAUCUCACAUGUCAUGGAUCUCUUGAUAUUUUGUGAAUCUUGGGUCUAGAAAUAACAUUUUUGACCAAAUGUAGCAUCACAUCAUACAUUACGCUUUUGUCAAUAAAAUGUGAACUUUGUUAACGAAA